AUUCAGAUUUCAGAUCAAACAGAGCAUCUAACACUUGUAAUGGAUCCGUUGGAUUCUGUUGAUGCUGAGUAUUUGAGAUCAUUAGAUGUGAAAUCUUGGAGAGUCAUUGAGUUGGAACAAGCUAGAUAUGAACAACAACAAGCUAAUGAUGAAGCAGGAGGAUCUAAAAAGCUGAAAAGAAAACUGAGAGAUGAAACAGGAACACCUAUGACAUAG